CGGUAAUUAGUGUAAACCCUUUGUCUGCCUUUGAUACGCACAGCUUCUCGCUGCCGAACUUCCUCCGCCUGGAGCUCGGGCUCGGAGGGGGGCCAGACCCCGACCCACGGUUGUACAGGGUCUGGAGGCCCUGGGCCCUGCGCCGGUGACCGCGCCCCCACCCUAGUGGAGACCUGCGAGAUGUUGCCGAGCCCCACGCUGCCGCUGCUGCUGCUGCCGCCGCUGCUACUUGGGGCCCUCCCGCCGGCGGCCGCAGCUCGAGGCCCUCCAAGAAUGGCAGACAAGGUAGUCCCACGGCAGGUGGCCCGGCUGGGCCGCACUGUGCGACUGCAGUGCCCAGUAGAGGGGGACCCACCACCUCUGACAAUGUGGACCAAGGAUGGCCGCACGAUCCACAGUGGCUGGAGCCGCUUCCGGGUACUGCCCCAGGGACUGAAGGUGAAGGAGGUGGAGGCGGAGGACGCAGGCGUGUACGUGUGCAAGGCCACCAAUGGCUUCGGCAGCCUCAGCGUCAACUACACCCUCAUCGUGAUGGAUGAUGUUGGCCCAGGGAAGGAGAGCCUGGGGCCCAGCAGCUCCUCAGGGGGCCAGGAGGACCCCACCAGCCAGCAGUGGGCACGACCCCGAUUCACGCAGCCCUCCAAGAUGCGACGGCGGGUGAUUGCCCGGCCUGUGGGCAGCUCUGUGCGGCUCAAGUGUGUGGCCAGUGGGCAUCCUCGGCCUGACAUCAUGUGGAUGAAAGAUGACCAGGCUCUGAUGCGGCCGGAGGCCAGUGAGCACAGGAAGAAGAAGUGGACCCUGAGUUUGAAGAACCUGCGUCCUGAGGACAGCGGCAAGUACACGUGCCGCGUGUCCAACAGGGCAGGCGCCAUCAAUGCCACCUACAAGGUGGAUGUGAUCCAGCGUACUCGCUCCAAGCCCGUGCUCACGGGCACACACCCGGUGAACACGACGGUGGACUUCGGGGGCACCACCUCCUUCCAGUGCAAGGUGCGCAGCGACGUGCGGCCUGUGAUCCAGUGGCUAAAGCGUGUGGAGUACGGGGCCGAGGGCCGCCACAACUCCACCAUCGACGUGGGUGGCCAGAAGUUCCUAGUGCUGCCCACGGGCGACGUGUGGUCCCGGCCGGACGGCUCCUACCUCAACAAACUGCUCAUCUCACGGGCCCGCCAGGAGGACGCGGGCAUGUACAUCUGUCUGGGUGCCAACACCAUGGGCUACAGCUCCCGCAGCGCCUUCCUCACCGUGCUCCCAGACCCCAAGCCACCGGGGCCACCUGUGGCCCCCUCAUCCUCGGCCACCAGUCUGCCGUGGCCUGUGGUCAUCGGCAUCCCAGCGGGCGCUGUCUUCAUCCUGGGCACUGUGCUGCUGUGGCUCUGCCAGGCCAAGAAGAAACCCUGUGCCCCCGUGCCUGUGCCUCUGGCACCUGGGCACCGUGCCCCCGGGGUGGCUCGGGACCGCAGUGGUGGUGACAAGGACCUACCUGCCCCGGCCGCUGGGCUGUGUGCAGAACACGGGCCCCCAGCUGGCCCCCAGCACCUGCUUGGCCCAGGCCCGGCAGUUGGCCCCAAGCUGUACUCCAGGCUGUACACGGACGUGCACACACACACGCACACACACUCACACACACACUCCCACGUGGAGGGCAAGGUCCACCAGCACGUUCACUACCAGUGCUAGGCAGCAGCCACCUCACGGCUGUGUCCCCGGGUGGGUAGGGAGGCCGGAGGGAGGCAGGUCAGGACUGAGGGAGAGAGGCAGCACCCUGGGUUCCCUGCACAAGGCACACGUUGGCCACGCACAUGGACAUGCUGGCAAGUGGACACACACAGGCCAUGGACACGUGUGGACCAAGGGGCACACACACCAGGGGACACAUGUUUACCAGGGGACACAUACACCAGGAGACACGUGCAGAUCAGGGAUACACGCAUCAGGGGACACACACACAGGACACAUGUGCAGACCAGGGGACAUACACACCAUGGGACACACACAUACCAGGGGACACAUCCUCAUCAGGAGACACACACACCAGGGGACACACAUCAGGGGACACAGGCUUAGCAGGGGACACACCAGGGGAAACAGGUUUACCAGGGAACACUUCCACCAGGGGACAUGUGUGCAGACAGGGGACACACACACACACCCCCUGGGACAUAUGUGCAGACCAGGGGACACAUCCUCACCAGGGAACACAGGCUUACUGGGGGACAUACACACACCAGGGGAGACACACACCAGGGGACACAUACCAUGGAACACAUACACACCAGGGGACACACACACACGGACGAGUCCUGGCAGACCGGGGUGUUGUGACCGUGGCUAGUAGAUGAAGGACUCUCCCUGCCCUGUGAGGAGGGCUUCACGGUCUCCAGGGUCACUCUCCCACGCCUCCACCUGUGUCCCUGCCCAUCUUGGUUGCUGGUCUGCCUCUACCACCUGUGUGCCCAGGCAUCCACCAGCACCCUGGCCUGGGGGUGGAGUAGCUGGGGGAGGCUGGGGCUGGGGGGACGUGCCGUCCUCCCCCACUGCCAGAGGGAGGGGGCCUUGAUAUUUAUGUUUAGAUGAAGGAGGUCUGGGCUGCAGGACCCUGGCCUGGCCUGCCGCCAUGCUGGUGUCCACACCCACAAGCCCUGCCCGGGCAGCCCGGGCCUCUGUGAGUUCAUGUAGAGUCUGAGCUGAAGCCUCGUAUAUUUAAUUUAUUUUGUUAAAACCGUGUGCAUCCCGUU